ACGCUUACCAACGCUCUCUCCAUUCGACACGGUCACGGUCAUGGUGGUGAACAUGAUGCUGCCGUCGCUCGUCAUAACCAACCUCGUAACUUGACUAUUCCCAGAGAUUCCGGCGUUUCGGAUCUCGAAGAACGAGGAGGGGGAAAAGUCUGCAUUGUUUACACGGGCCAAUCAAAGCCCCUCCUCCAGGCUCUGAAGACAUCGAAGACCCGCUAUUUCUACAACUGGAAACCAGCUGUCUCUGAUGUUGUUAAACAAGUCGGCUUCAUGCCCUGUUCAACCAUCUGGGGCACGAAAUCUAUCCAGCAAUUCCGACAGGUACGAGGGAAUUACCAAUGUAUCAUCGGGUUUAACGAAUGUAACUUGGGUUCCCAAGCAAACUUGUCUCCAACUGACGCGGCUCGAAUCUGGAACCAGGAAGUGGGCUGGUUGGCGAAGAAAGGAGUCGUUCUUGUGGGGCCCUCUGUCACUACCGCUCCGAAUGGAUUCCAGUGGAUGAUCGACUUUUUCAAUGCAUGCGGCAAUGCAAAUGGCCCUCACUGUGGCGUCUCCAUGAUAAACUUGCACUACUAUGGAACGAACGUCCAGGAUUUUAUCAGUUACAUGACUAAAUUCUACAACAAAUUCCAUCUCCCUAUCAUGGUCACCGAGUUCGCUUGCACGGAUUUCUCUGGAAGGGUUCAUCCCAGCCCGGCUCAAGUUCGUGCCUUCAUGGCGGGUGUUAUCAGCUGGAUGGAGAGCACUUCAUGGAUUACUGGUUAUUGUGCCUUCGGUAUUACGGAUGGAAGCCUGUGGGGUGUCUCGGAGAAUGCUCGUAUGCUUUCUGGCCCAUCGACUCUGAAUAGUUUGGGCCGCGCGUACGUUGAAGGCACUUGGGUAUAGAGAAGGAACGUCCAAACAGCGGGAAAGGAGGACUAAGGAAUUUCUUGUCUUUUAUUUUUCGUUAGGACAUUCCCUGUUCUCGACGAUAGCUACGUUUCCACACCCCCGUUCUGCAUCAACACUCCACCCAUCCCGCUUCCAACAUCCCGAGCCCUGGCAGUUGCUCUGAUCAUUUCUACACGAAAUCCUUCUCUAACCUCUCUCCAUUCUUUGGGACUCGGUAUGAUUUUCAAACAAUAGGCUCAUCAUUCUCUUCUCCCCACGCGCACUUCCCGUGCCGGUCUCUUCUUCUCUUCUUUCUUUCCCUUUCUCGACGCUCCUUUUCCCAACCCAUCACUGCCUCUGGUUUUAACAAA